AGCGGAACGGAAUCAACAAGCUUAUUAGAGCGAGAGAAACACAGCAUAGACAUAAUAAAUAUGAUGUCUAUGAAACACAGUAUCUAAAUGAAAUACCGCGCUUCGGUUGCGUUACGAUGGUAUAGUCUGCUGCAGCAGACAAAGUUCCACGCUAGGGUGAAAUAUUGUGGUUAAAAUGGUUCUUGUUCUGGAAUUUAGCGUGCGACGCGUAGGAGCUCACUUGACAGCAGGAAUGUAACGUUAACUGGGUUUCUUAUGAGCUGGCUAACACAGCUAGCUGCCUAUAGAGGUCUGUGAGUCUGAGAAUAAGAUGCAUUUCAUUACGAGCACACAGCAGAUGCAUGCUUAGGCGUAUAUAGAAGUAUGCUAGGAUGUUCAAAAAUGUGUUCGGAUCAGGAUUCCUGGUGAGGACCGCUCAUGUCAUCUUGACAUGGGUUAUAACGUUGAUUCUCUUCCUCCACGACACCGACCUCCGCAAACAGGAGGAGACGGGGGAGCUCACACUGCCAGUUCUCUUUGUGCUGCUGGUUCUGGUGUCCGUGUUGCUGUACUUUGCAGUUUCGCUCAUGGAUCCUGGUUUUGUCCUGUCUGAUGACUGUGACUUGCAGUUCACACUUGGUAUCGCAGAAGAAACACAGGAUAUGAUUCCACAGACCACCAAGUCCAUACGGCCCCGGCGCUGUGGACACUGUUUGGUACAGCAACCCAUGAGAUCCAAACACUGCCAGACGUGUCAGCAUUGUGUGCGGCGCUAUGAUCACCACUGCCCCUGGAUAGAGAACUGCAUUGGGGAGAGAAACCACCGCUGGUUUGUGCUUUAUCUGGCUGUCCAGCUUGUUGUCUUACUGUGGGGACUGUACAUGGCCUGGUCUGGCUUCAGUCACGCUCCCACCUGGCAGCUGUGGUUGAGGACCAACGGUGUGCUCCUGGGAGCAGCGGCGGUCGUGGCUGUCCUGUCCCUGACCGUGCUUCUCCUUCUGGGCUCUCACCUGUACCUGGUGUCGCUGAAUACCACCACAUGGGAGUUCAUGUCUCGACACAGAAUCUCUUACCUCAAGCACUGCGGUGUGGACGAAAACCCUUUUGACCGCGGAACCCUGCGUAAUCUCUGGGGCUUCUUCUGCGUUUGGGAACCGGUGGUUUGGGAGCACGUGUAUUUCAAGCAAGGCAACGAUCCUAUUUAAUUCCCUUGGAGUCACGACUGCUGUGACAAAUAACCCAUUAGAUGGAAGUUGAUGUUUUGGUGGAAAUCGCUCCAAACUGCAUCUGCAGAACAUCUAAUCUACUUUUUCCUUGUGAAUGACCCAUUCCAUUUUGAAAGCGAUUUUUAAAUGCAUGAACUUUGUAGUUGCAAUGAUGUUUGAUCAAGUGUUAUCAAAUAGGUUGGAAUGAGCAUUUUUAUAAAGGUGUUUUGUGAAUAUUUUGCCCACAUAGAACUUUGACAAUUCGUCUGUGCUGAUUUUACACAUUUUAAUAGCAAACGCAGAACAAAAAGCACAAAAUCACAGUAGCGUUUCAGAGCUGAAUUGUGGUUUCCCAUUAAUGCAAUACAUAGAUGAGAUAUUAAAAUUGUAUAUGCUAAUUAUUUAUUAUCUUGGCUCUGCUCAUAUAAUCUCUCUUUCAUGGUACUAAAAAGCUGUUGGACAAAAGUAAUUAAACUAGACAGUCUGUCAGCUUAUUUUAUAGCAGCAGCAGAUGAUGUACUGUUACAUCAGAAAUGAUUUUGUGCAAUUAUUGAACUUGUGAAAUACAGUCAGUUGUAUAUACAUAUUUUUAAGAAAAUUGACAUCCCCUUUUAAGAUCCAUUUCAGACAGGGUAACAAGAAGUUCAUGUUUAUAAUACAAAUCAUUUCCUAUAGCACUUUAUAUAUCAGUGGUGAAAUUUCAAUACGCUUGUAAUGUGACUUUAUAACAUUAAAUGUACCGAUUUAUCUCAACAUAACAAUCAAUACAUUAAACGAGAGAAAUUAACAUUAA